GCUCGAUUUGGCUAACGCUAAAUCCAAUGCAUCGCACUUCAGCUGCCGUAUAGCAGCACGCGACAGGAUGUUGUGGUGUGACGUCAUCAAGCGGCGACUCAAGAGAUGUCAAACCGGGCUGUGUCACCAUUUUGGUGUUUUGCCGCAGGUCAUGGACUUCACGGAGUGCUACGGAGACACCGUCUCCAGUGUUGCCGCUGCGGCUCGCUCAGGCAGCACGAAGCUUGUGAGGCGGCUGAUAAAGAGAGGUUUCCGAGUGGACUGUCGAGACAACCGCGGCUGGACCGCCUUGCACGAAGCGGCGGCCGCUGGCAGUAAGGAGUGUGUGCGGGAAAUUCUGUCUGCUGCCGGUGCAGCAGGCUCAUCCCGUGGCUGCCGUGCUUAUGUGAACUCACUGACACAUGAGGGGGAAUCUGCAUGUUACCUGGCAGCGAAGGGUGGACACCUGGCCGUGGUGCGAUUCCUCCUGAAAGCACAUGCCAACAUCAACCAGCUAACAAAUGACUUGUCAUGUCCUUUGUAUGGAGCUGUAGACGGUGGUUACAAGGAGGUUGUGGAACUGCUGAUCAGUAAAGGUGCGGAGGUCAACAGGAUGCACACCGCGUCCUGCUGGACCUGCCUUCAUCAAGCUGUCUAUAAGGGUCACAGUGAAAUUGUGCGCAUACUGGCCAGUGUGUGCAACCUGGAGGCAGUAGAUGAUCACAAGAUUUCCCCUCUUUUUGUGGCUGCACAGUAUGGACAGCAGGAGUGCCUGGAAAUCCUUGUUAAGGCUGGUGCCAGUGUGAACACGCAGGCAGCUGAUCUGGCCACACCGCUGCUGAUCGCCUCUCAGGAGGGCCACCAGGCAUGUGUGGAUUUCCUGUUGGACCAUGGGGCAGAUCCCAAUAUAGCCUGCAGUCUUGACUGGCCCCAGCUUCCCAUUCAUGCUGCUGCUGAGUUUGGCCACAUUGGUAUCCUCAGGAGGCUGAUAGCAGUUACAGAUUGUCUGUGUGACCAUGGUGACAGUAUGGUGAGUCCGCUGUACAUGGCUGUCAACAGGCAUCAGAGCAAGAGUGUCGAGAUGCUCUUGAGGGAAGGUUAUAGCCCAGAUGCUCAGGACUGCACAAGCACCCUGGGCCUCCGUUCUCCACUCUCCUUCGCCUUGUAUCACUCAUCCAAGAAACCAUACAGCGAAUCAGUGAGGUUGCUGGUAGCUGCAGGAGCCAGUUUGAGCGAGGAAGACUGGAUUUAUGCCUUGGCCACUGACCAAACGGACCUGCUGCAACUGAUACUUAAGCACAGAUGGAUCUCUCAACCGGAGACUUUGACCACGGACAGUUCUAUACCACAUCACCAAUUGAAAACUAUAUUGAAGCUGCAGGAACUUAGGGAGCUGCUCUGUGUGGCACAAAACCAAGUACAUUUUGCAGCCUGCUGGCUUCCUCUGCUUCUGAAGGCGGGACUGGAACCGACUUCGCUGCUUCAACCCCGUAUGUUGGAACAAGCAGACAGUGAGGUAUUGAAUUACCUGCUAGAGUUUGUAAACUGGUCGACUCUGCCUGCACCUUUAAAACACAUUCUGGAUCGGAGACGUGCAGAGAAGACUUGGCAACCAUAUCCACAGUUUGACUCUAUGACCUCUCUUUCCCACAUCUGUCGGCUGCAGGUUAGAUUAAUGCUGGGACCAGAUCUACUGAUGAGGACCGAUGCAGUCCAGCAACUCCCUGUUCCCUCCACACUUUAUGGCUUCCUCCAAUUCACUGACAUCCGGGAACCUUCCUACAAACACUCACUGCCACCGCCACCACCACAGCCACUUUAAAAUUGUAUACAGGGAUGCCAUAGUACACAUCAGCACAGACAUGUUUUUAUAAUCCCAUCCAGUUUUCCCUUGUUUGUUGAUUUAAGUUAGUUAAAUUCUGAUUUUUGCACACUGACAGUUUCAUGUAUGUGUUCUGUAUUAGCUUCUUACAGCUCCUCAUAGGAGUCAUUUUCAGGGCUGCACUAUUCUGUCCUGUGGAAAUAUUUUGGAUGAUUUUUGCAUCCUUUUACACACACCUCCCCAGCAUUGUGCAUGUUUAUUUUAUAUAUCUUUGCAGAGUGGAAUCACAAGAAAUUAGAAUAUAAUUUCUCUGGGUUUGAAUAAAGCCUGACUGCACGGGCGGGUCAAUGUGGUCUAAAAAGACGGACACUAAACAAGAUGACCUAAUGAUCCGUUUAAAAAAUGUUGCACUCAUUUGCAUAUUGUAAUAUACGUAUGCGUAUUGUACUUUCCUGUUUCUCCUGGCCAGUAGCGUAUUUAGUGUAAAGAUUUUAUUUUUUUUAAAUUCAAGUUAACAAAUUUCAAAAUAAAAUUGUUUGUAUAUAUUGCUAA